ACGAACUCCUCAGCUUCCGAGCUUUAAAAAAAGCCCUAAUUUCCACAAAUAAUAGACCACUAAAACUUUGAUUUUCUAUUGAACUCACAGUUGUUGAUUGCGAUAUCUGUACUAGUUAGCCCAGUUUUCAGUAAUUCGUUCCUAAGAAACAGUUUUGGCUAUUAGAAACUGUGUGAGAGAGACGAACAUGUCGGAGAAAUUCUCGGCUACGCUUCGGAUCGGAGAUCUGAGUGAUUUCAUAGCACCUUCGCAGGCAUGCAUAGUGUCUCUCAAGGGUCUUAAAUCCAACUCAACCAAGCCUGAUAAAGCCGAGGUUUCGACUUCUAACAAGCAAUUGCAAACAGACCCGGUUAAAAUUUCACUCAAGGACUGCUUAGCAUGCAGUGGGUGUGUAACAUCAGCCGAGACAGUUAUGCUGGAGAAGCAAAGUCUAGAUGAAUUUCUUUCUAAUGUUAGUAAAGGGAAGCCUAUCAUUAUUUCGCUCUCCCCCCAGUCAAGAGCAUCUCUUGCUGUUCAUUUUGGCAUCUCUCCGCUACAGGUUUUCAAGAAACUCACAACAUUUCUUAAGUCCUUGGGUGUAAAGGCAAUCUUUGAUACAAGUUGCAGCAGAGACUUAACUCUUAUUGAAUCUUGUAAUGAAUUCAUCACGAGGUACAAAUAUAGCCAAUCAAUGGACGAUGAAAGCUGUAAAUCAUCCCUGCCCAUGAUUUCGUCAGCAUGUCCAGGUUGGAUAUGCUAUGCUGAAAAGCAACUUGGAUCCUAUAUUCUGCCGUAUAUUUCUUCAGUGAAGAGCCCUCAGCAGACAAUUGGAUCUAUUGUUAAGCAUCAUGUAUGCCAAGAAUUAGGCCUUAGGCCAGACGAGGUUUACCAUGUGACUGUAAUGCCCUGUUAUGAUAAGAAGCUUGAGGCGUCCAGGGACGACUUUGUAUUUCAAGUGGAAUCUCGAGACGAAACUUGUGAAAAUGGUCUUAGGACUAUGGAGGUAGACUCUGUGUUAACUUCAGGGGAAGUUUUAGAAUUGAUACAGUUAAAAGCAGAGGAUUUUAAAGCUCUAGAAGAGUCCCCACUAGAUAGAAUGCUGACAAAUGUUAAUGAAGAAGGGCAUCUUUAUGGGGUCAAUGGAGGCUCCGGAGGUUAUGCAGAAACAAUUUUCCGAUAUGCUGCUAAAACGCUCUUUGGAAGAGAUAUCAAUGGUCCUCUUGACUUCAGAACUGUUCGAAAUUCAGAUUUCCAAGAAGUGAAUCUAGAAGUUGAGGGAAAAACUGUUCUGAAAUUCGCAUUGUGUUAUGGAUUCCGGAACCUUCAAAAUGUUGUCAGGAAAAUUAAAAGUGGAAAAUGUGAUUACCAUUUCCUGGAGAUCAUGGCAUGCCCUGCAGGUUGCUUAAAUGGUGGUGGUCAAAUCAAAUCAAAGGCUGGCCAAUCUCCAAAGGAGUUGAUCCAGUUAUUAGAGGCUGCUUACAUGGAGAAUGUUCUAGUAGCUGAUCCGUUCAAGAAUCCCCUUGUGAAAAGUUUAUAUGAUGAGUGGCUUGAGCAACCUGGUUCGCAGAAAGCUAAGAGAUUCAUGCACACAGAUUACCACCCUGUGGUUAAAAGCAUUACUUCUCAGUUGCACAAUUGGUAAAAAGUUUUGCUGUCCUGACUUCUGAUUACGGUAUACUGUUGAAACUUUCAAACUUUAUCUCUCCACGUGGCCGACGCCUCAGAUUGUGUGCCCAUCGCCUGUAAUGGGGAGGUCAUUUGUGGAGUCCAGUUUUGAUGGAGUAAACAGAUUUGGUUUUCACUAAAAAAUUUUCUCAUGUAUAUAUAUACUUUUAUUUGAUGUUGUAGCCAGAUAAAGAUUAAUAUGUGCUUAUGUGAUGCCCCAUAUUUUGUUUGUG